AUGGCUCCAAUAAGUGAGAUGUCUCUUGAAACCAAAGAGAGGAUUGUCAAACUUCUUGAAGAAGGUAACUCUUCACGCAUGGUUGCCAAAGAUGUGGGCUGUUCACAGUCAGCUGUAUGUAAGAUAUGGACCAAGUACAAACAGCAUGGGAAGGUUCUUAAAGCCAAGCGUACUGAAGACUCCCGAAGGUGCAUGAUUGAGGCAGUACUUUCUUUCCUGCAAGAAGAGUUGGAGCAUAGGCUGUCACCCUUCACCUUGAAGGUGUAUGUGGAAUUGCAGGGUCCUGAGGGGUGCCAGAAGAGAGGUCCCUUUGGGCCGCUGGAGUCAGUUGAGCUUAAGUUCCUGUCUGCCAAGGCAGCGCUCCUGACUGUGCUCACUUCCAUGAAGAGGGUUCACGGACCUCCAAGCAUUUUUGGUAUAUAUCACGGGCAGUCAGUGAAGGCUAAUGGAGGUCCAUCAGACAACCAGAGAACAAAAAGAGACCAGGAAGAUUUCAGCAGACGUACUCAGAACAGAACUGGACAAGAGUCAGCCAACAGGCUAUCCAUUGACAUAUUCCCUGACAAUUUGACAGGAGUGGCGCAGGACUCCCAGAGGUACUACUCCUGGCGCAGUUUUGGUCCAGGUGACAAACGGACACAGGAUCUUUGGGUGGAUCUUGAUUCAAUGCAUCAAGCACCUGAUCAAGGAGUGCACGCUAUUCUAUCCAACACACACAGACAAGCAUCGCGGGUGGCACUGACGUUUGACUUUCUUUUCUAUGGACAUCAAGUGAGACAAAUCACCAUAGCAACUGGAGGGUUUAUUUUCACUGGAGAGAUAACACACCGCAUGCUGACAGCGACGCAGUAUAUUGCUCCACUCAUGGCAAACUUUGACCCCAGUUUUUCUAAAAACUCCACUGUGAAGUAUCUGGACAAUGGUGACAUAUUUGUGGUGCAGUGGGACAAAGUGAGGCUGAAAGAUCGAGAGACUGAAGGAGCUUUCACUUUCCAGACUGUUCUCUGUCAUAACGGGACCAUUGUUUUCAGCUACAAAGAUGUUCCUUUGCCUGUAGAGAAAAUCAACUCCACUGAGCAUCCAGUGAAAGUGGGACUGUCUGAUGCUUUCAUGGGUCUUUUGUCUUCUCCACAAUAUCCAGAUGCUAAACGACGGACAAUUUAUGAAUACCAUCGGGUGGAGAUUGACACAACAAAGAUUGUCAAUACCUCAGCAUUUGAAUUCACCCCCUUACCAACCUGCCUCCAGCAUAAUACCUGUGAACAAUGUAUCCAGUCCAAUCUAACAUCAGGCUGUGGGUGGUGCAAUACUCUUCGAAGGUGUUCAAAUGGAAUUGACCGAUACAGGCAAGAAUGGCUGGACUACAGUUGCUCUGAGGAGGCAAAAGGCACAUGUGGCAAUUAUGCACAGAGAGGACCAGAUAGUUCAAUCAGCCCUUUUAAUUCAUCAUUGUCAGUGAUGACUCCUUCCUGCAACUCGACCUCCGUCAGUCCUGUGAACGAAGAUGACACUAAUCUUCUCUUUUAUCAACAUGGCAAUGGUGAGGAAGAAACACCAGAACACACAGCCAUCAUUGCAGGUGUAGUGACAGCUUUAGUUCUACUGGUGUUCUUGACCCUGUUGGCUGUCUACUACAUCAACACACAUCCAACUGUUGCUCCUCCUUUCUACCUCAUGCAGCGCCGGACCAAUAACUAUUGGCCCUCGAUGAAGUUUCGGAAUCAAGGAUGCCAUUCCAGCUAUGCUGAGGUUGAUCUUGGUGGUUACGAAAAAGAGGGGUUUAUAGAAGCAGAGCAGUGCUGA